AUGUUGAAGAUGAACGUUAGCUCGAUGGUGAUAAUCGGCUUUGCAAUCAUGGCCUUUGGAGUUCUCGCCUCACCACUCAACGAGGAUACACGCAGCACUACUUCCAUAGGCCGUCGAACGAGCGGCAAUCGAGUGGACAGACGGAUGGUCCCCGGGCCUGGUGCAGGCGUCGGCGCAGGUCUCAAUGUGGCUGCAGGUCUCGUUGGAGCCGUUCUGGGUGGACCCGGUCCCGGUCCCGUCGGUAUUGGUCCUCCUGGCCCGCUCGUUGGCCCGCCUCCGGUUGGUACAGUCGUGGUUCCGGGUGGCCCUCCGGGUCCGAUGCUCGCUGGCAGUAUCGGAGGAGGAGCGGAUGCCAAUGCUGACGCUGCUGCUGCUGCCGCCGCUCGAGGCCCCGGCCAGCCCGGCCCAAGCACAGGCAACUCGGCCGCAACUGCAGACGCUGCUGCUCGCGCUCAAGUAAACGGUCCAAGUCCAACAGGUUCGGUGGACGCUCAAGGGUCAGCUGAUGCCGUUGCCGGAAGCUCUGUACCCAGCGCCGGCGAUUCAGCCGCAAGUUCAGCUGCGGAUGCCCGCGCCAAGGCAAAUACCCAAGGCGCUGUCGAUGCAAACAGCUCCUCGGCCAGCAAAUCUUCCUCCUCUUCCAACUGGGAGCAACGAUCCUCUCAGUCUUAG